CUUCUUUUUCUCUCAUAAUUAUCUCUCUCUCUCUUUUAUAUCUACAAAACUUAACUAUAUAUAUAUGUAUUAAUUAAGAAUAUUAAUUGAAGCUUAAUUACAAAUAUAUAUAGAUAUAUCUAUAUAGUAAUUACUGAUCAAGCUCUUGAGAUUGAAGAUUGAGCUAUAACAUGGGUCACCACUCUUGCUGCAACCAACAAAAGGUUAAGAGAGGUCUUUGGUCACCUGAGGAAGAUGAGAAGCUCAUUAGAUACAUCACUACCCAUGGUUAUGGCUGCUGGAGUGAAGUUCCUGAGAAAGCAGGACUUCAAAGGUGUGGUAAGAGUUGUCGUUUGAGAUGGAUUAAUUAUUUGAGGCCUGAUAUUAGAAGAGGCAGAUUCACUCCCGAGGAGGAGAAGUUGAUUAUAAGUCUUCAUGGUGUUGUUGGGAACAGAUGGGCUCACAUAGCGAGCCACCUACCAGGAAGAACUGACAAUGAGAUAAAGAACUACUGGAAUUCAUGGAUCAAAAAGAAGAUCCGAAAGCCAUCAUCCACUUCCAUUAACUCAAACACCACCAACUACAUCACUGAUCAUCAUCACCAUCAUCCUCAAAUGUGUUACAACUCAAACCAAGUACUUGACAAUAAUAAUUUCCUAACUCAAACGGACUUGACGAGCACAAAGCCCAAUAAUACAACGGCCCAAGACCAGGCCCAAAUCUUCUCCUCUUCAUGCGGCCCACUCUUCAUGUUCGACACCACGUCCGGAAUGGAAGGAUCAGCCGCCGAGAGCAUCACCACCACUACAACAACUAACACCAACGCUGUGACCGUGAGUAGUACUCGACCGGAGUUGAUCUUCCAAGACAUUAAUCUAACGGUGGGAAACAACAACCUUAACUCAUCAACCGAAACGACGUCGUCUUUGUCUUCUUCGUCGUGGAACUUGAACCAGCACCAAGUCCAAGCUCUCCCUCCUUAUUACAACAAUCACAAUAAUGCACUAUUACAUCUGCCCUCGUCGUUUUCCAGUAACGGUACGGCCAUGAACAUGAGUUGCUACUUGCCACCAUUGAUAGAGAACAUGGAGAAUAUGGUCGACGAAGAAGGAGAAAUGGCUUUGAAUGAAUGGGUUGAGUCUCAACAAGUACAUUGUCCGAACUUUCUAUUUUGGGAAAACGUCGUCGUUGAAGGUUCUCUUAACGUGGCUGAUAUUAACAACAAUGCACCGAAUCAUAAUAAUGGUUUGAACUUGGGAGCUACUAAUAAUACCAAUACGAUGUCGUCUUUUCCUUCCUCCUUAUAAAUUAUAUUUAUAUAUAUAUAUAUAUAUUCAUUCUAGGAAUAUUUAGAGCUUUCCAAUUAUCCAACCUUUUUGAAAAAGAAAAAAAAAACAGUUUGUUAAUUUUUUUUUUUUGGGUGAUGAGUAUGUAUUUUUAAUAUAUGAGGGGAAAUUAAAGCAUGCAUAUGAAAUAUAUGCAUUGCUAUAUAUAUAUAUAUUAAUGUUUAUUAUUAUUAUUAUUAAUAAUUGGGUGCAUAUUAUUAAUUUGGAGAGAACAGCUGAUCGAUCAGAGGGAAUAUAUUAAUAAAGCAGAAAGCUGGAGCAAAAGCUUGAAAGUUGAUGGAGUAACCUCUCUUCUCUCAUGAACAUUUAUUAUAAUCGAUUUUUUCAUUUAUUAAAUUGUUUGGCAUAAUAUGGUGU